CACAAGAGAGACAUGUUUUAGAGCGGCUUCUCGUGAGAGUGAGUCUUGAUAAACCUGGUCCUUUGGCCACACCUUGCCCUCAAUCUCAGUGGAAACACAAAAAUGUCAUUAAAAUUGAUUAAUAUGACCAAAUAGAAAAUAUUGUUAUGCAUGACUGACGUUUUAGCAACAAACUUGUAACAAAUGUUUUUUUUUCCAAGGCACACAAAAUGACACAGAAGACAUUUUUGGCAGGAUUAGUCUGCAUGAGUUCACCUGCAGGCAUCCCUGCUAGAACAUCAGUUCUAUCAGCUCUGCAGUCUACUUCAGGAUCAGUGAGGAAGCCCGGCUGGAAUGCCCACUCCUGCUGUAGCGUCCUUGAGCAAGGUCCAUCUCCCAGGAACGGCCUGCGAGUUGCGACCCCAGAGAUCCCAGGCGAGAGGGACGGGGUGACUGCAUCCCCUCCCUGCGGCCGCACCCCAACGGCUGCGCCACGCUCGUCCGCUGUUCUUCUCGUAUCCCCACACAGGAGGCCGUGUCAGAGCUGGGGCUCCUUGUUCAAAGCGUCAUCGUCCUGACGGCCACUAUUCAAGGC